AUGAACGGAAACAUUGCACUGUCGAUGGAGAUUGGUUCUGCCUACGCACUCCAAGUGAUGCUCUUGCAAGUACCGGCUUUGGUUCUUUACUCUGGUGUCUGGGCACAGUGGAUGGAGCCCGAGCAUGUUGCUGCCCACACGUUCAACUUGAUCUUCCCUCAAUGGGAUAUGGUGACCAUCAUCCUCGGUGUCUUCUUGAUGGGUUGGGUUGUUGGAGAAGGCAAGAGCAACUAUUUCAAGGGAUCGAUCUUGAUCCUUGCAUACUUGACCAUCAUCAUCGGCUUCUGGUUCUCGAGCUGGAGCAGCGAUGNNAGGUAUGUCUUACUCCUCACUUUGUCUUUUUCGCACCUUGCUAACGUUUUGUGUGGAUAG